AUGGGUGACGAUAGGUUUAAGGUCGUGGUCCACCACGGUGGGACCUUAGUAAAGGACGUGUGUCCUUUUCAGUAUAUAGGUGGGCAUAUAUCAUGUUGGGACAUUGACCCCGACACAUGGAGUUAUUUUGGAGUUGUUGCUUCAAUGAAAGAAAUGGGUUACAUGGAAGUAGAGGAGUUAGUUUACAGCAUUGAUAAUGUUUUACAUGGCCUGUGUGACAAUAGUGGAGCUAUGAAUAUGAUGGAAGUAGCUAGAUGUUUGGGGAAAGUGCACUUAUUUGUCGUGCAUAAAGUUAGUGAACCAGAGGUUGUGGAAAUUGAGAAUGAGAAAGAGAAUGACAUCCUUUACCUUUGCCAAGGGCCUGCAGAGAGUGGUGGGGGUAAUGGGUUUGAGGCAGUUGAGGUGGACAAAGUUGGUGCAGUUGAUGUUGAUGAAGUUGGUGCAGUUGAGGUUCAUGAAGUGGGUGCAGUGGAGGAAGUGGAGGUGGAGGUGGAGGCAGUGAAGGAAGUGGAGGAAGUGGAGGUGGAGGUGGAGGCAGUGGAGGAAGUUGAGGUGGAGGUGGAGGCAGUGGAGGAAGUUGAGGUGGAGGCAGUGGGUGCAGUGGAGGCUNAGGAAAUGGGUGCAGUGGACGUUGAGGANGAAGUAGAAAACAGUAGUGAGGAGNAAGUGGAAGUGGAUACUUGGGAGUCUUUGGAUGAAGUAGAAAACAUUAGUGAGGUUAGUGGNGAAGAUCACAUGGUGGAAGAUAUUGGAAGGGGGUUGUCUGAUGAUGAUUCGGAGUNAGAACAGUUGUUAACUCCAGAAGGUAGUGAAGGUAGUGGUAGUGAGGAGGAUGACAAUGCUGCCAAACCAAGUCCAUGUCCGUUUCCUAAAUUUGGAAAGCAAAAGUCAAUGGUAGACUACAAAUGGGAAGUUGGUACUAUUUUUAAUGAUAAAGAGGAUUUUAAGGAAGCAAUUAGAAACUAUGCUAUUCAUACUGGGAGGGAUCUUAAGUUUGUAAAGAAUGAUAAGCGUAGGGUUCGGGUGAGAUGCAUGGAUGCGCAAAAAAAGUGUCCAUGGGUAGCUUACUUAGGAUAUUUGUCAUCAAGAAAGAUUUGGCAAUUAAGGAAGAUUGUUGAUACCCAUGCUUGCAGCAGACAACUAAACAUAAAAAUGAUGAAUAGUAAAUGGUUGAGUCAUGAAGUAGAUAAGGUGUUGCAUGAUAAUCCAACUAUAAAGGUACAAGAUAUACGUAAUAAAACACUUAGGAAAUGGAACACCAAGGUCUCAAUUUCCAAAGCAAGAAGGGUCAAGUUAAUGGCAACAAUUGAACGUGAAGGAGACUUUAAAGAGCAAUUUAGAAGGAUUCAUGACUAUGGACAUGAGGUCUUGAGAAGUAACCCAGGUUCAACUGUUAAGAUUAAAGUGAACAGUGAUAAUGGUGAGGCCAUUUUUGAAAGAAUUUANGUAUGUUUGGAUGCAUGUAAGAAGAGUUUUGCAAGUUGCAGGCCCAUCAUAUUUUUAGAUGGUUGUUUUUUGAAAGGNNUAUAUAAGGGAGAGUUGCUAACAGCAGUUGGUAGGGACCCAAAUGACCAAAUGCUUCCCAUAGCAUAUGCAGUAGUUGAAGUUGAAAAUAAAGAUAGUUGGAGUUGGUUUUUGCAAUUAUUGAUUGAAGACCUUGGUGGUAAUCAAAUAUGUNGAGCAUGCANGGGUUGGUACAUGCUAUUGAAGANCUUUUGCCUAAGGCAGAACAAAGAUUCUGCAUAA